AUGUUUGCUGAAUCGAAUGAUAAUGGAAUUCAUAUAACAACUAACUCUGCUUCAUCUGAAACAAUCUUUUCCUCAUUGAGCGAUAUGACUGAAAACGAACAAACUGACACAUUACCGAAAGAUGACAGUAGAGCUGAUAUUCUAUCUGACCAGCUGGUAUCACAAGAAUACUUUGUUGACAGUGAAAUAGAAAAUUGUAUAUCUGUUGAAAUAAAAUCAACAACUGAAAUACAAAAUACUAAUGACGAAGUCGGAAAUCGUAUUCAUUCAUCAGGUGGUGUUGCUAAUAUUUCAAAGGAAAUUUCGCAUGAUGAGGACACUGAGGAACAACAACCUUGCAGUUACGUACAUGUGACCAAGAUACCUACAUUAUCGCGUUCGUCAAUAUCUUUUGAGACAUCACCUGUCUGUCAGGAUUCAACAUAG